AUGAAGAGGGACGCUGAAGCUAUGGCGGUCGAAGACGUUCACAAAUCUGUCGUGAACGACGAAGCAAACCCUAACAAUUCGCAGAACCCGAUGGAUCAAUCCAAUGAGGAAGUUGACGAGACGGAGGAGGGAGAGAUCGUAGGUGGCGACGAAGAUGGGGAAGGUGAUGGAUCGAUCAAAUCGGCGGCCGCGGCUCCUCAGCCACACCCUCUUGAGCAUUCGUGGUCUUUCUGGUUCGAUAAUCCCUCUGUGAAAUCGAAGCAGGCCACCUGGGGAAGCUCCAUGCGCUCCGUUUACACCUUGUCCACUGUCGAGGAGUUCUGGAGCCUGUACAAUAACAUGCGCCAUCCAAGCAAAUUGAUCCAGGGGGCGGAUGUUUACUGUUUCAAACACAAGAUCGAACCCAAAUGGGAGGACCCUAUCUGUGCGAACGGAGGGAAGUGGACCAUGAACUUCCAUAAGGGAAAGUCUGAUACGUGUUGGCUCUACACUUUGCUCGCUUUGAUAGGAGAACAGUUUGAUCAUGGGGAUGAAAUCUGUGGAGCGGUUGUCAACGUCAGAGGGAAGCAGGAAAGGAUAUCCAUAUGGACCAAGAACGCUGCCAACGAGGCUGCCCAGGUGAGCAUCGGAAGACAGUGGAAGGAGUUUCUAGACCACAAUGAAAACAUAGGUUUCAUUAUUCACGAGGAUGCAAAAAAGCUCGACAGAAACGCCAAGAACGCCUACACUGCCUGAGACAACGUUACUGAACUACAACAGCCUUUGUUAGUAUGAGCUCUUAGUGUUGUUCCUAGACAAAUUUUAUGUCAAACAUUCCUGUUAUCUAAUUGGGUAUGUUUUUGUUACCUCAAAGGUUCUUCCUUUUUUUUGUUGCUGCGGUUUUACA